AUGGUCACUAUUCGUGCCUUCUUAGCAGUUGCAGCAGUCAAGAAUCGGGCUUUGCAUAAGAUGGAUGUUCAUAAUGCGUUUCUGCAUGGUGAUCUUGAUGAAGAAGUUUACAUGAAACUUCCUCCUGGCUUCAAUGUUUGCUCUUCUGGUUUAGUGUGUCGUCUCAAGAAGUCUUUGUAUGAUUAUUCUCUGUUUACUCUACAUCAAGGACCGAUCCAACUUAAUGUUCUUGUAUAUGUUGAUGAUUUGAUUAUUUCUGGUAAUGAUGCUUCCGAUGUUGACCAUUUCAAUGCCUAUUUGCAUGAGUGUUUCCAUAUGAAAGAUUUGGGUGUCUUGAAGUAUUUUCUUGGUAUUGAGGUUGCUCGUAAUUCAAAGGGCAUCUUCUUGUGUCAACGAAAAUACACUCUUGAUAUUAUUGUUGAAGCUGGCUUGUUGGGGUCUCGUCCAGUUUGCUUUCCCAUUGAGCAGAAUCACACAUUGGCUCUCGGCAAAGGCCCUUUGCUUGCUGAUCCUGAAAGGUAUCGACGUCUUGUGGGUCAUCUCAUUUCCUUAUCCUUCACACAUCCUAACUUUUCUUAUACAGUUCAUAUAUUGGCUCAGUUUAUGCAACACCCUCGUCGGAAUCAUUGGGAUGCAGCACUUCGCACGGUUCGCUACUUGAAAGGAUUUCUAGGUCAAGGAAUUCUUCUUCGCACUGAUUGUGAGUUAUCUCUAACAGGUUGGUGUGACUCAGAUUGGGCUACGUGUCCUUUGACUAGACGCUCUCUUACUGGUUGGAUAGUGUUUCUUGACUCUUCUCUGAUUUCUUGGAAGACCAAGAAACAACAUACGAUGUCCUAG